AUGGCCAAAAAGAACAAAAAGAGCAAGCAGUCUAGUACCAACAAGAAGAAGCAGCCAAAGGAGGCUGUGGUGGAAGAAAAGGUGACACUUGAAGCCAUUGCGGCCAUGUCAGAUUCGGACGACGAGGAUGUUCCAGAGAGUCAAUGGAAUGCCAAGGCCAAGGGUCUCGCUUCAGCUAUCAAGUCCGGUAAAUUCGAUGAUUUGUUGAAACAAAUGAAAGAAAGUGCUAAUGACGAUGACGACGGAGAUGAAAUGGAAGAAGCUACCUUGGAUUCGUCUAGUGCCGAGGAUGAAGAGGUCGAGGAGGAAGUAGAGGAAGUAGAGGAGGAGGAAGAAGUUGAAGAACCCAAAGCAUCCAAAUCUGCAAAGAAGUCUCCCCAAAAAGCAAGCGACGACAACGAGGAAGAAGUAGAGGACAAAGAUGAAGAGGAGGUGGAUGACGAUGAAAAAGAAGAAGGAGAUCAAAGGGAGGAGGAAGACAGCGACGAGGAAAGUUCUGAAGAGGAAGAUAAGGUUGGAAAUGCUAAAAUCAAGCAGCUUCGGGCGAACAAUGUCAAGAAUUCCAAGGCCUUGUCCGUCGUUACUGCAGAACUUGUUGCAGCCCACGCCAAACUGCCUUGGGCCGAACGCUUAGAUAUCAUUCCUGAAACUCCACUUCCUUUUGGUGAGCAUGGAGAUGCCGAUGCUAAUCCACUCGAUGUCCACGAUGAUUUGAAGCGAGAGGUUGCCUUUUACAAAAUGGCCCUGGAGGGUGUCAACGAGGCAAGAAAACAAUGCAAAAAGGCAAACGUACCUUUUUCCAGACCAGAAGAUUUUUUUGCCGAGAUGGUCAAGACGGAUGAUCACAUGGCGAAGGUCAAGGAUCGUCUGAUAUUUGAAAACAAAAAGAUGGAAGCUGUUGCCCAACGUAAGACCAACCGCGAACAAAAGUUGCGUGCCAAAGAGUCCCAUGCCAACAAGCUGGCCGAAAAGUCCCGCCGCAAGAAGGAGCACUUUCAACAAGUGGAAGAAUGGGCCACCUCUGUUGCCAAGAAUCGUGGAAGUGCUCUGCAAGACGAUGCAGACGAUAUGUAUUUGAAUCGUGGUGGACCCAGCAAGAAGAGACAAAAUGCUGACCGCAAGUUUGGUCAUGGUGGAAAGAGAGGUCGCUUCAAGCAAAAUGAUCCUGCCAGUAAGAAUGACUUUUCCGGAUACAAUCCACGAGGUAACUUCCCCGGUGGUAUGAAGAGAACCGCCAACAACAAGGGUGGUGCAGAUCGACAGGGAAAGAGAGCACGUGACGCAAGCCGAAGUCGCCGUACUUAA